AUGCUUCAGUCCGGCCUUCAAUUUGCUGCUGCGAGGCAGAGCGCUUUGCGCAUGGCUCUGAGCCGAUCGCUCCCACGAACUUAUGCAACCAUCAGACGUUCUAACGAGACCACCGCCAGUCCGAAAGAACUCGCCGAGAACCCCGAGAGUCAAUCUGCUAUCUUGCGAGUCUAUAAGCCCCGAACGCCUGGUGUGAGACAUCUCAAGCGACCUAUCAACGAUCAUCUCUGGAAAGGACGACCUUUCCUUCCCUUAACAUUCCCUAAGAAGGGCCAAGCUAAGGGUGGCCGAAAUGUGUCUGGUAGGAUCACCGUGCGACACCGAGGUGGCGGUGCGAAGAGAAGAAUAAGAACGGUUGACUUCCUCCGCAACCGACCAGGACCUCACCUGGUGGAACGCAUUGAAUACGACCCAGGACGGAGUGCGCACAUUGCUCUCGUCACUGAGAAGGCUACCGGACGUCACACUUACAUUCUGGCCGCUGAUGGUUUGAGGUCUGGGGAUAUUGUGCACAGCUACCGUGCCGGUAUUCCUCAAGAUCUACUUGACAGCAUGGGGGGUAUUAUUGAUCCUGGUAUUCUAGCUGCGAAGACUGCCUUCCGUGGUAAUUGUCUACCUAUGCACAUGAUUCCUGUUGGCACUACAGUAUUUGCCGUGGGAUCCGCAGCUAGACGUGGCGCCGUAUUUUGUCGUAGUGCUGGCACCUCAGCUGUGGUCGUCAACAAGAACGAGGAGACGAAAGACGACGGUACUAGGGUUAUGACCGGCAAGUACGUUGAGGUUAGACUUCAGAGCGGCGAAGUUCGAAGAGUUAGCAAGGACGCUUGUGCGACCAUUGGUGUGGCUAGCAACAUUCACCACCACUAUCGCCAGCUGGGCAAGGCUGGACGAAGUAGGUGGCUCAACAUUCGACCUACAGUCCGUGGUGUUGCCAUGAACAAGGUCGACCAUCCUCACGGUGGUGGUAGAGGUAAAUCGAAGGGUAAUCGCCACCCUGUCUCUCCUUGGGGUGUUCCUACCAAGAGUGGUUACAAGACUCGACGCAAGCACAACAGAAACAAGUGGGUUGUGGUACCUCGACCUCGAAACAACGGGAAGCGCCGAGACAAGGCCAAUUAA